UGCCCUCACUACAUUCUCCAAAGAGUUGUCUGAGCCACACAGUGGACAGCGGCUGAUUAUGGAGAGCAGAGGCCCACUGACCACCUGGUAUCUGCGGCCACUGCUGCUGCCGCCGCUGCCACUGACGCUGCUGCUGCUGCAACUGCUGCAACUGCCUCACACCCACCAGGGACGGCCCCUGAGACAUACUCUCCCUACCCAGAGGGCCCAGGACCCUCCUGCUGUGCACCUUGGCAAUGGCCUGGGACAAGAGCCUGUGGCUGUCAUGACCUUUGACCUCACCAAGAUCACCAAAACCUUCUCCUCCUUUGAGUUUCGAACCUGGGAUCCAGAGGGAGUGAUUUUUUAUGGGGAUACCAAUCCUAAGGAUGACUGGUUCAUGCUGGGACUUCGGGACGGCAGGCCUGAGAUCCAGAUGCACAAUCGGUGGGCCCAGUUUACAGUGGGCGCAGGGCCUCGGCUGGAUGACGGGAGAUGGCACCAGGUGGAAUUAAAGAUGGAUGGGGACUCAGUGCUGCUGGGGGUGGAUGGGAAGGAGGUGCUGCACCUGAGACAGGUCUCUGGGCCCCUGGACACCAGAGUCCAGCCCAUCCUGAAGAUUGCCCUGGGGGCACUGCUCAUCCCCUCCUCCAACCUGCGCUUCCCGCUGGUCCCCGCCCUGGAUGGCUGUGUGCGUCAGGGCACCUGGCUGGGCAAACAGAUCCAGACCUCAGCCUCUGCCCCCACUAGCCUCAGAAGCUGUGAUGUGGAGUCACAACCCGGGAUAUUCUUCCCUGCAGGAACUCAUGCAGAAUUCAGUCUCCAAGACAUUCCCCAGCCUCAUAGGGAGCCCUGGGCCUUCUCUCUGGACCUGGGACUCGAGCUAGUGGCAGGCUCAGGCCACCUCCUUGCCCUUGGGACACCGGAGAACCCUUCUUGGCUCGGCCUCCACCUCCAAGAUCAAAAGGUGGUGCUGUCUCCUGGGUCCGGACCAGGGCUGGAUCUGCCCCUGGUCUUGGGACUUCCUCUUCAGCUGACGCUGGGUGUGUCCAGGGUGGUCUUGAGCCAGGGGCUGAAGACAGAAGUCCUUGCUCUGCCUUCCUUGGGCCUUGGCCCCAUCCUCAACCUCUGGGCCCAGUCUCAAGGGCGACUCUUCCUGGGGGCUUUACCAGGAGAGGACUCUUCUGCCUCCUUUUGCUUGAACAGCCUUUGGGCACAAGGCCAGAGGCUGGACAUGGACCAGGCCCUAAACAGAAGCCAGGACAUCUGGACUCACAGCUGUCCUCGGAGCCCAGGCAAUGGCACUGACACCUCCCAUUAAAGCCCUACCUAAGAACUCCUUUGAAAGU